GGCACCAUGAGACUGAUUUCGCGCGCCCUGUGCAGUGCCGUCCGGGCAACCUGGCGGGAGAACUUCCCUCUGGGCGGCCGCGACGUGGCGCGUUGGUUCCCGGGGCACAUGGCCAAGGGGCUGAAGAAAAUGCAGAGCAGCCUCAAGCUGGUGGAUUGUAUCAUCGAGGUCCAUGAUGCCCGGAUCCCCCUUUCUGGCCGCAACCCUGUGUUUCAGGAGACCCUUGGCCUCAAACCGCAUCUGCUUGUCCUCAACAAAAUGGACUUGGCAGACCUCAGGGAGCAGAAGAAAAUCCUGCAGCACUUAGAAGGAGAAGGCUUGAAACAUGUCAUUUUCACCAACUGUGUGAAGGACGAGAACGUCAGUCAGAUCAUCCCGAUGGUCUCGGAGUUGAUUGGGAACAGCUGCCGCUAUCACCGAGGAGAGAACCUGGAGUACUGUGUGAUGGUGAUCGGGGUCCCCAACGUGGGCAAGUCCUCCCUCAUCAACUCCAUUCGGCGGCUGCACCUCAGGAAAGGAAAAGCCACCAGGGUGGGCGGCCUGCCUGGGAUCACCAGAGCCGUCAUGUCCAGGAUCCAGGUGUCCGAGAGGCCUCUGGUGUUCCUGCUGGACACCCCUGGGGUGCUGUCGCCUCGGAUCGAGAGUGUAGAGACCGGCUUGAAGCUGGCUCUAUGUGGAACAGUGUUGGAUCACUUGGUGGGUCAGGAGACCAUCGCAGACUAUCUCCUCUACACCCUUAACAAGCACCAGCUCUUGGGGUAUGUGCAGCACUACAGCCUGGCCGGCGCCUGUGAUGACAUUGAGAGUGUGCUUAAGAAGGUGGCUGUGAAGUUGGGCAAGACCCAGAAGGUGAAGGUGCUCACGGGCAGUGGGAACGUGAAUGUCGUGCAGCCCAACUACACGGCGGCAGCUGGCCACUUCCUUCAGGCCUUCCGCAGUGGGCAGCUGGGCCCUGUGAUGCUGGACCGGGAUGUCCUGCCCCCCUGCUCAGACGCAGACUCUUGA